GCCUCGGUCCUGCUUUUAUUUGUGUGUGUGUGAAUGUGAAUCAAAAUUAAAGUUCCGAAGCUGGCGAAUCUUAUUUGCCAUGUGUAUACUUGUUUUCAGCGCCUGGGAUACUCAGUUUACGCGGAGGUUACUAUUUAUUUGUUGAAAUGGAUGACAUAAAGCUUCAGGACAUAAAUCAGCUCCUUGAGUAUUUUGCCAAAAAUACUUACAAAGCCAAGGAAACGGAUAAACAGGGGCAGGAUAUAAUGCAACGAUGUAUUGAUUUAAUUUCAAUUGAUUAUGAUAUUUCAGUUGUAAAUAAUACUGGUGGGGAAUUGAGUGCCCAUUAUCCAAGUAGUUUGAUUGUCUUGGAGAGGGAACGUAUUAUUAAUCGACAAGAUGGGAGACAUCGUCAAAGUGGCACUAUUUAUGAAAGUUCCUCAGAGUCUUUUACUGAAUCAAACAAGCUCCGUGAUUUAAUAAGUAAAGCAAGACUUGCUAGAUGUCGUGCCAGAUUUCCCCUCCCUGUCAUCUUGUACCAGGGAAAGCACAUUUGCCGGUCUGCUACACUGUCCGGAGGUCCAGAAAUUUAUGGGCGCUCAGGGCUUGAUUAUCUCUUUUCUGGAAGUGAUACUCAAUCUGAUGAGAAAGAACCGAAACUUGAGGAGGAUAUAGAUGAGAGGCCACCUUCAUCAGGAGAUUGGCAACUGUUUGAUCGAGUGCGAAGUCAAGACAUAAGACUUCUCAAGCUGUUUAAUGUUGGUACAAUAGUGGACCUCAUGCUAGAGAAAAAGAAAGUUAAAUUUGGAGUCAAUGUCACAUCAUCCGAAAAAGUGGAUAAGGAAAAUCGCUACUCAGAGUUUACUAUUGUUUCACUACCUUACCCAGGUUGUGAAUUCUUCCGACAGUACAGAGACAACAAUUAUCAGGCUCAGGACCUUGUGUUUGAUUGGGGACAGGCCCAUGUAGAUGCUAGCAUUGUGGUUCCAGAAGAUCCUCUCCCCAAUCAACUAGCUAUCAAAUGGGACAGAUAUAAGCAAUGGGAUCUGAUAAAAUUAACUCAAAAUUACAUCCGCCUUCUCCUUCAUUACUUAUCUGAGCAGAGCUCAGGCCUUCUAGUCCACUGCAUUUCUGGCUGGGAUAGAACCCCUCUAUUCGUCUCUUUGCUCAGAUUAUCUCUCUGGGCUGAUGGGCAAGCACAUCGCUCUCUUGGACCUGCUCAAAUUUUGUAUCUUACUGUAGCGUAUGAUUGGCUGCUGUUUGGUCACAAUCUUGAGGAUCGUCUUGAUAAGGGAGAAGAAAUAUUUUUUUUCUGUUUUUACUUCCUUAAACAUAUAACUAGUGAUGAGUUCAGUGUAGUUUCAAGGUCAAGACUAAGGCAGAGUACUGAUAGUGAGCCACAUCUUGAUUGUUUAUCCUUAAGCGGUUCUAAUGUCAGUUUGAAUAGUUGGUGUAGUGCAGAUAAUAAUCCACCUGCUGUUUUCCACUUGGGUGGAUGUGAUGAAGGAUAUUCUAACCAGCACUGGUCAUCAAUGGUUGAUGGAGGUCCCCUAAGCCAUCAGAUUCCUUCAGCCCCCCCAGGUCACCAAGUUUCCCAAGGAAUACAAGGCCCUAACAACCCUGCUGGACCUCAGUUGGGACCCUCCUCCUCUCCUUCCCCUUCCCCCUCUACGCCAAGGUCACCUCAUCCAUCAAGUAGUAGGACAAGUCCUGUGGCAGUUCCUGUACCUAGUAGACUUCGUCAGCGUCAAGAAUCUAGUGGGUCUCUUAGUGUAGGAAGUUGGCAGCUUAUCUCUGGUACUGGGAGUUUGAGGGGGUCAGCGUCAACUGCAUCAAACAGUGGCUCUAUCACACCUCGGUCUGUGCAUUCACACAGUAGCUAUAACGCUGACAUGGCUGACAGUCAGGUUUCAGCAGAAUCAAGUUGCACUGUUACUGAAGAUGACUGCUUCAUCAAUAGUAGACAACCUACUGCUGCAGAAAUGAGACAAGAAAGACUAGAGAAAGUGCGUACACUUUUUUAUAAUGCCUAUUUCUCAACAAUAGGCUUUAAUCUUAAAAAUUCAGACUCUGGUUUGAGCAGUAUUUUAGGCAAUUUUGCUGAGAAAGUUGGCAUUAGAACAGUUCAACGAUCCCCAGUGUAGAAUCCUUUCAAGACUCAUUUUUAUCCUCUACACAUUGUGUGGGGCCACUGAGUAAUAUUAGUUCUAAUAUAGCAAAUGUGUGAUUCUAAUGACUUUUCUUUGAAGAACUGUGUUUUUUGAAGCACUGAUGAAUACUAAAGCACUUAAGUGAAGAAGCUUUUUAUUAUUAAAUCAACACUCAAUUUUGAAAAUUGAUAAAAAAAAAAAUCAAUAACAGAAGACCUAAAUGAUGACACAUUUUGUGCUUGGAGUAACAUUUAAAUAGGACCUGUAUUGUGUAGUCUCUUUUAGGACUAAAUAUGAGUCUUCCACUCUGUUUUGCUACUGAACGACUGCCAAAGUAAUGUGAUUCUUCUUCGGAAACUACUUUCUCUUAAGACACUAAAUUUCAACUGUGCUUCGGAUUAGGUUUGAAGACAGUUCUAUUUCUCCCUUCUUGAUGUGCGGUUUCCUUAGAUUUCCAUAAUGAAAAAGUCUUUUGGUUUCUUAAAUAUCUAGGUAGGGAGACUGACAAAGGUUCUGUUCUAAUUUCUUGACGUUAAAUACUUUCCCUGUAAGCUUCCUUAAACUGUUGUCUUUUAUUAAGGAAUACAUGUAAUUGUUGCUUUUCAGAUUGAAAGUUCAAGUACUGUCUCAAAUGUACCGUAUUCUGAUAUUACCACCAAACAAUAUGCCCUCUAAAGUAUUCUUAAGGUUUUCCUUAAAAGGAGAAUAUUUACUUAGCUGGGCAUAAUGGAUUUCUUAAAAUUUUCUUCAUAUGUGGAGCUAGUUUUAUAUUAAUGAACAGGUCUUCUUAUGUCACCUUUGUGUUCAAUAUCUAAUAUUUAUGUUCUUAGGUAUUCUCUAAGCAAUGCAUGCCACCUUUAUUUAUGUUUUAAAAAAAUCAGCUCAAUCAAUUGUGUACUCAAGGUGUGAGGCAGCCAGGCGUCUUUAUAUCUCCUUUAAGAGUCCUAGAUGAGACUAAUUAGGGCUCUAAUCUGCGUCAUUAUAUUUGAAACAAAUGGAAUCAGUUUUAGUUUGAUAAAGUUCUAAUCUUCACCGGACAAUGGCCUUUUCCUUUCAAAAGAAUGAGGCACCUGUCUCAGCAAAGAUAAAAUUACAAAUUUUUAGUUAGUCUGGGUGAACGUUCCAUACAUUUGAACUGUGGACUUUGAGAGUCUUAAGUAGACUUUCUCUCUCUUAAAUGUUCUUGUGUGACACACAAAUAUAAAAUUGCUAUUCAAUGGCUUGGCUUGUAAAAUACACUUAAAACAAAUUAAUUCUGUCUUUCUUUUAAGAAAAUGAGUCUACUUGAGCAUUGUUAGUUUUUUGACAAUGUUGUUAGUAAGUACCUGUGGUGUUCAUUGCUAUGGAAAACCUAAUUUCCAUCUACAAUCUUGGGUAUUUUCUGUGUUCAUCGUUAAGUGUAAUCUUACUUAACUUUACAGUUAAGGCUGUUGACAAUGUCAUUGACAUGCCAUGAAUUUUAUAUUUGUUGAAUUGAUCAAGCUUGAAAACAUGUUAUACAUAUACUAUAUCUGUGCGGAUCUCUCUGUUCAUUACAAAAUAUUUAAUGAAGGGCAUGUUACUUACCAUAAUGGACUCUAAUUCAUAAUAUAUUGUUCUUAUAAGCCAAUUACUAUUGUUUCAUCCAGUGCAUUGUUACUGUUGUUAUUGUUGAUGUUUCUGAGCAGCAUUGCUGUACUGUCAUCAAAUCUAUUUUUUCAGGACUAUCUACUAUUUUUUAAAUAUUUUGACUGGAUGUGUAAAGUGGCUCUAACCACUCUGUGUUUUAUGUCACUUUGGCAUUGAGUGUUGAAUUGUAAUGACUGGCAAAUUUGUUUUGUGACCGUUAUUGGAAUGUGUAGUACGAGGAAAAAAAAAUGAGGGAGUUUUGGUAAUAUACUAUCCAGUUAAGUUUGCUCACAAAUCAUUAGUGUAUUUUGUGAAAAACAAUGAGUUCCAUCUCUUACAAAUCCUAACAUAAUACACUUUAUUUUUAUUCACUGUGUGGCAAAGCUAAAUUAAUGUAGUACAGAAGUGCUCUGAAAAUUAUUGAAAGCCAUUUCUCAGAUAAAUUUAUAGAUCUUGAGAAUGCCUUUCUCAAGAAGAUAUCAUUAGUUCUCUUUACUUCAGCCUUAGUAAAUACGUAUGUAAUUCUGGUGAAAAAGCUUUAUAUUGACAUGCACUUUGAAUCUUUUCUUCAUAUGUAGGUAAUACAUUUGACAUUUGCCUUAUCAUUUGUAUCAUCUACACAUAUCCUUAAUCUGUCAAUCUGAGUUUGAAUAGUUUCUUUUCACCAUAACCAAUACAUACUUCUAAUAGAGGUGUGGGGCAAUUUACAGUGACUUUGGAAUUAUAAAAGAAUAGCAUGUAAUCAUUGUGAAAAGUUUCUGGGUGCUGGUAUUCCUCUUAGUGGGAUGUCUGUGAUUGUGCUGUUAACUGUGGUCUGAUGUCUUCCAGGAAGCUGUCAAAGUGGCUAAUUUGAUUAUUUUGAAGUGUUCUUGUUUGUUUAUAUUUAUUGUUUGUUUCUAUGAUCUAUUAGUUGAUUUCUAUGGGCCAGUGAUGGUAUUUUUUAUUUUGUUUUACUACUAUUUUUUUUUAUUUUUUUUUGAAUCUUAAGGGAUUCUAGAUUUGCUCUGUGUCAUCUUGCCUCAACCAUGUUGUUAAUGUUGAAGCUGAAAUUUGCAAUGCCACCUAGUUGUGGUGCAGGUAAACUAGUCCAUUUUAGAGACAUUUCAGGAAAAUAAAUAAUUAUCCUGGUCGUCCUUGUUUCUAUUUUUUAUGGUAGCAGUCAAGUGUUUAUUUUGUCAGACCUAAGUUGUUGUACAGUCAUGGCUGUGACCAUAUUUGAAAAUAUGUAAAUAUUAAAACCUGUGUAUGGUUUUAUACUGUGAAAAAUUUGUAUAUGUGUUGUAUAAGGUUAUUAUAUGAAUAUAUUUAUUUUAAUGUCAUAUAA